CAUUACUUGCGUUCUUUGGCUGAUUCUGUUCACAAACAUUUUAUCCACUUUUUUUCAUGCAGAUAAAUUAUUGGUCUUACAUUUUCUUUGCUUAUUUGUUAGAUAUACCAAUUCGAAUGAGAGGGAUCCAGGUUGUGCGCGAUGAUCAUGAUGGUAUCGGUGUAAUGAGACGAUUAGAUGAAGGAAAUGAUAUAUAGUCGUUCCUAAAUAACUUCAGGCCUAGUGCCACGAUGGACAAUUGAGCGUGUGUUUCUUUUCCUACGUAGAUCCGGAGCCCAGAGCGAUAUAAGUAGGAUCCUUGGGGUGCACACUUCAUCUUAUCGGCGGUCCAGUGACGUGACUCGGCUAGAUCGUAGCACAUAACCUCUUCAUCAACAACCACAACAAUGCCAGCCCCAGCGAGCUUCAGCAAUUACAUCGACACGCACGCAGAGGCGUUUAUCAAGCGUCUAGGCGAUGCUGUUGCUAUUCAAAGUAUCAGCAGCGAUGCUCGUCGACGCAAGGACGUCAUUGCGAUGGGACACUGGCUGAACGGCCAGAUGAACCAGCUCGGCGUCGAGACCAAACUAAUGGACCUCGGCACGCAUGAGAUGCAGGGGCAGACGCUACAGCUCCCCCCGGCCAUCAUCGGCCGCCUGGGGAGCGACCCUUCGAAGAAGACGGUGCUGAUAUAUGGACACUAUGACGUGCAGCCUUCGGACGGAUGGAAUACGGAUCCGUUCACGCUUGUGGUGGACAAAGAUUCGGAUCGCUUGAUCGGCCGUGGCUCGACGGAUGAUAAGGGCCCGAUUUUGGGCUGGUUAAAUGUCGUCGAGGCGCAUAAGAACCUGGGGAUUCCGAUGCCUGUGAAUGUGCGAUUUUGCUUUGAGGGCAUGGAGGAGAAUGGGAGUGAGGGGCUGGAUGAGUGCAUCCAGGAGGAGGUGAAGAAGGGUAAGGACGGGUGGUUCGAUGGGGUUGAUUGCGUGUGCAUCAGCGACAAUUACUGGUUGAACACCCGGACGCCUGCAUUGACGUAUGGGCUACGUGGUAUUGCAUAUUUCAGCAUCAAUGUCACUGGGCCUGGUCAGGAUUUGCACUCAGGUUUGUUCGGGAGGACGGUGCACGAGCCCAUGACAGAUCUAAUCAAGCUCAUGAGUAUGCUUGUGGAUCAUAACGGCAACAUUCUGAUUCCUGGUAUCGACGACAUGGUCCCACCUCAUGAUGAGGAGGAAUUGAAGCUUUACGAGAAGAUGGACUAUUCGAUAAAUGAUAUUGAACAGGCUGCUGGUGGAAAGAUUGCCUUGUCAUCAGAGAAAACUGUCGUGCUAAUGGGCCGGAUGCGUCAGCCAUCCUUGUCCCUGCACGGUAUUCAGGGUGCAUUCUCAGAUGUCGGCGGUAAAACUGUCAUCCCUGCCAAAGUAGGAGGGAAGUUCAGUAUUCGCCUCGUUCCCCCGCAAACUCCAGAGAAGAUCGUACCCCUUGUCAAUGCAUACCUCGAAGCCGAGUUUGCGAAGUUCAACAGCAAGAACAAGAUGGAGGUAGAGUAUCAACACGGCGGUAAGCCCUGGGUUGCAGACGUGAAACACUGGAACUUUGAGGCCGCGAAGAAGGCUAUUGAGGCUGUGUAUAAGAAAACACCAGACUACACCCGCGAGGGAGGCUCAAUCCCUGUGACGCUGACAUUUGCGGAGAGCCUGGGCGUAAACGUAUUGUUGUUGCCUAUGGGCAGAGCAGAUGACGGAGCUCACUCAACCAACGAGAAGCUGGAUCGAUCGAAUUUCAUUGAAGGGACAAAGGUAUUGGGUACCUACUUGUACGAGGUCGGCGCUACCGCAUGA